AUUUUCCUUACGUUUUUUCUUUUCUUUUCGUCGGUUGGCGAUUUUUUUUUUUAGUUCUUACUACAUUUCUAUAAAAUAACAUAGCCUACCAAGAAUUGAUUUUUUGUAUUUUAUUUCAAAAAGUACAAAACGCCAGCUCCUCCUCCCCAUUUCUCCCCUUCAGUUCCAUUCACGAACUACACUGAUUCAUGCUUGUUCCAUUCCUCGUGUUGAUUAUCGAAUCGGCCUCAUUGAAUUAGUCGAAUUUGAUUGGUGGGUCGGUUGAUUUUGGAGCAUUUGGCGACGCAAAUGAUCGGUUGAAGAAUUUUCAGCUGCUCUGUUGAAUCGUUUCCUUUUCUUUUAAGAUGAUGGAAGGAGGUUUAACUGGGACGGAAAUUCAUGGCUUCCGAAGCAUGGAAGAUUUGGAUAUCAACAAUAUAAUGAUGGAGGCCAAGGGGAGAUGGCUCCGACCAAAUGAAAUAUAUGCAAUUCUUAGCAACAACAAAUAUUUCAAUGUCCAAGUCAAGCCUGUCAACUUGCCUCCAAGUGGAACUAUCGUGUUGUUCGAUCGCAAAAUGCUGAGGAAUUUCCGAAAGGAUGGCCAUAACUGGAAGAAGAAAAAAGAUGGGAAGACGGUCAAAGAAGCUCACGAGCACUUAAAAGUUGGUAAUGAGGAAAGAAUACAUGUAUACUAUGCACAUGGGGAAGAUAAUCCAACAUUUGUUCGCAGAUGCUAUUGGCUACUAGAUAAGUCUCUUGAACAUGUGGUCCUGGUUCAUUAUCGUGAAACUCAAGAGCCACAGGUUGCUCCAUCUACCCCUGUUCAUUCCAAUUCCAAUUCUAGUUCGGGUGUAUCUGAUCCAUCCGCUGCUUGGGUUGUAUCUGAAGAAUCUGAUUCUGUUGCUGACCAGGCUUACUACUCAAGUCAGAGGGGAAAUUCAGGCCUUAAUGAGACCGUAAACGCAAAGGAUCAUGAGUUGAGGCUUCAUGAAAUUAACACUCUGGAAUGGGAUGAGCUUGUGGUGCAAGAUGAUCCUAACAAGCUAACUGCACCGCAACCAGGAAGAGUAGCAUCUGGACAAUCAUAUCAGUACGAGAUGCUGAAUUACGGAGUUAAUACAGACUCCCUUCUGGCUAACAAUAUCGCAACAGAAAAUUUUAUGGAAAAGUUUCCUGGGCAAGCGGUUGAGAAUGUAUCUGCUGCUAACCUCAGUAUUCCAGCCACUGUGAGCUUUCAAGCUUCUGGAAAUGGAAGGUUUUCAAAUUCUCUGCAAAAGGAAACUAGACUAAUGACAAUGUUUACUGGUGAUUCAUCACAAAUAAUGGCCAAGGAUAAUUUGCAAACGCAAGACAGUUUUGGCCGGUGGAUGAACGAUGUUAUUGCUGAUUCUCCUUUGUCGAUGGACGAUGCAGCUCUUGAUACUUCAAUGUCCACCAAUCAGUCUUUUCCUUCUCUGAACAUGGAUUCCUAUAAUUCUCCUGCAGUCGAGCAAAUGCAAAUAUUUUACAUCAGUGAUAUUUCACCUUCCUGGGCUUUUGCUAACGAAGAAACGAAGAUCUUGGUGGUUGGCUUUUUCCAUGAAAGACAAGGUAACAUGGGCAAGUCUAAUUUGUCUUUUGUCUGCGGAGAUGCUUGUAUUCCUGCUGAAGUGGUUCAGACCGGAGUAUUUCGUUGUCUGCUUUCCCCUCAAGCCCCAGGAGUAGUAAAUCUUUUCUUGAGUUUUGAUGGUCAGAAUCCCAUUAGUCAAGUUGUCACGUUUGAGUUCCGUGCCCCAUAUAUCACCUCUUUCGAUGAUAACCCUACUUUGCAAGAAUGCGAAGUUCAGAUGAGACUGGUACAUUUACUGUUUUCUACAUCUAGAAGCCUUAAUAUUUUAUCCUCCAAUGUAACACCAACUGGUGGGAAGGAAGCCAAAAAGUUCUCCCGCAAGACCUCUCAUAUGGUUAAUGAUUGGAGAUUUGUGCUAAAAUCAGUGAAGGACAAGAAGAUAUCUUGUUCCAAAGCUAAAGACAGCAUGAUUGAGAUAACCUUGCAGAACAAGUUACGUGAGUGGUUAUUGGAGAGAGUAAUUGAAGGGUGUAAAAUUGCUGAACAUGAUGAACAAGGUCAGGGAGUGAUCCAUUUGUGUUCUAUCCUGGGUUAUACUUGGGCUGUCUAUCCAUUUUCAUGGUCUGGUUUAUCACUAGAUUAUCGAGAUAAAUCAGGUUGGACAGCUCUUCAUUGGGCUGCAUAUUAUGGAAGGGAGGCAAUGGUGGCAAAGCUCCUAUCAGCUGGAGCAAAAGCAUAUUUGGUCACAGACCCCACUUCCGACACCCCUGGUGGAUCUACUGCUGCGGAUCUUGCAUCGAAGAAUGGACACGAGGGUUUGGCAGCAUAUCUUGCUGAAAAGGCAUUAGUUCAACACUUUCAAGAUAUGACCUUAGCUGGGAACGUCAGUGGUUCACUCCAGUCCGAGUCCAAUGAUUCAGCAGCAAUAUCCGGAAACUUCAAUGAGGACGAGUUAUAUCUGAAGGAUACUUUGGCUGCUUAUCGCACUGCUGCUGAUGCUGCUGCCCGAAUACAGGCUGCUUUUCGGGAGCACUCCCUCAAGGUCCGAACUGUAGCUGUCGAGUCAUCUAAUCCAGAGACGGAAGCACGUAAUAUCGUUGCAGCGAUGAAGAUUCAGCAUGCUUUCCGCAAUUAUGACACACGAAAAAAGAUGGCUGCUGCUGCAAGGAUUCAACAUAGGUUUCGCUCAUGGAAAAUACGAAGGGAUUUUCUCAACAUGCGAAAACAGGCCAUCAGGAUUCAAGCUGUCUUCCGGGGUUUUCAAGUUCGAAAACAAUACCGAAAGAUCAUAUGGUCUGUUGGAGUGCUUGAGAAAGCAAUUCUGCGCUGGCGCUUGAAGAGGAAAGGGUUCCGUGGACUUCAGGUUCAGCCAGAUGAAGGGUCUACUGAACUGAAGCAAGCUGGUGAUGUCGUGGAGGAGGACUUCUUCCAGGCCAGCAGAAAACAAGCUGAGGCACGUGUUGAGAGAUCUGUUAUCCGAGUGCAGGCAAUGUUUCGGUCAAAGCGUGCCCAGGAGGCGUAUAGAAGAAUGAAGUUGGCUUAUAAUAGUGCAACGUUGGAGUACGAAGAGCUUCAAGAUCCAAAUGGGAUGACAGAUGACUAAGCAAUGAACAUCCCUUUCCCUGGUCGUUGGUUGGAAACAGACAGUACAACCUUACGAGUUACAACUAAGUUCACUACAGGUACGCAAUCGUUGCCAGUGAUUAUUUAGGUCGAGGCAGUAACCACGUGUACAUCAUGUAAAUACAUAGUUGAGGAAGCAAUCCUCACCACUGAUGUAACCCCUGUGGCAUAUUUUAUGGAAAUGAAAAGGUUCUUGGUUUUUCACUUCCUCUGCAAGCAAUUAAGGUCAUAUUGUGAACUCCUGAAUGAGGAAAAUGUCAGCGUGAUAAUAAGCACUUGCGCUUUAGCUUGUACGAGUUUCUGUUUAUGUGGAUUUUGGGUUUCAUGAGUAAUCAAUAUGUGUGUAGACAAUUGUUAAUCAAUUUUUAGAAGGAUCAUUUCAGUUUUAGAAUGGUAGAAACUCUGUUCUUUUGGUGGUAUUUGUAUUUUGUACUUACUUUUAUAUGAAAAGAAAAAGCAUGUAUGUGAAUUUGGUGGAAUUACAUUACGCUCAAAUCCACCAAAUAUUGUUCAAGAGCUACCUUGAUCCAAACAGGAAAUUAGCGAAUACUGCUAAAUUAAAAAUGAACAUAUUCAAUAAUGCUACCACGGAUCAGAAGAACUGUUGGGCCUUUGGACCAAAAAUCACCAGUAAAUCUUGCAAACAUUUGCAGAUGGUGACUUAACUAUGGUUAAUUUUUAGGUUAUUACAUCACCUUAAAGUUGGUCGAAAAAUGGUAAUCAUUUGCAGUGAGGCAACUGCUGUAGAUUAGAAGGUUAUUUGCCCCCCGUAAAAAUCACCUUACUAUACAUGUGUAAUAACUAAGAAUUCAUUUCUAAUAUAUAUAUUUCCUUUAGAAACGAAAGGAAAAACAGGUUCAUUCCUGGUAUAAUUUAGGAUUUUCCCCAUCCCCUUUUAGUUUUUACAUUAACACGUACAAUGUACUUACUCCGGUCCUUAUUACAAAGGAUUUUAAUUUGUACUAAAUUUUUAUUAUGUUGCUCUAAUUAAAAAUAAAAUAUUAAAAAUAUAUUUUCACAUUUAGUGUGUUCUUCCGAUUAUUUUAAAAUAAUUUUAAGAUUUUAUUUUUAAUUUUAAGAACAUAUUAUAAAUAAAACUCAGAGCAUCCGC